AUGUCAUUAAAAGGAAAGACUAUUUUUAUUACUGGUGCAUCUAGAGGUAUUGGCAAAGAGAUUGCAUUGCGUGCAGCUAAAGACGGAGCUAAUAUCAUCAUUGCUGCCAAGACAUCAGACCCAAAUCCAAAGCUACCGGGUACUAUCUUUUCGGCUGCAAAAGAAAUCGAAGCUGCCGGUGGAAAAUGCUUGCCAUGCGUAUGCGACAUCAGAAGCGAACAACAAAUUGAAGAUGCUGUUCGUAAGGGUGUAGAGAGAUUUGGUGGUAUCGACAUUCUCAUCAACAAUGCCAGUGCUAUCAAUCUCACCGGUACACUUGAUACAACAUCAAAGAAAUUCGAUUUAAUGAUGGGUAUUAAUACAAGAGGUACAUUCUUGACAACUCAAAAAUGUUUACCAUAUCUUUUGAAAUCAUCGAACCCACAUGUUUUGAACAUUUCACCACCUUUGAAUAUGAAUAAGAGAUGGUUCAAAGGACACACUGCUUAUACUAUGGCAAAAUAUGGUAUGUCGAUGUGUGUGUUGGGUAUGGCAGAGGAAUACAAAGGAACGAUUGCAUUCAAUGCUCUCUGGCCAAAGACCGCCAUCUACACUGCUGCAAUGUCCAUGCUUUCUGGUCCAGAGGUUAAAGAUGAUUGUCGUAAGCCAGAGAUCAUGGCUGACGCUGCCUAUUGGAUUCUCACACAACCACAAGCAUCGGUCAAUGGAAACUUCUUUAUCGAUGAGGAGUGCGUACGUCGUGCCGGUAUCACUAACCUCGAUCAAUACGCCUACAAACCAGGUCACCCAUUAAUUAUAGACUUUUUCUUGGACGAAGCAGACUAUUCAAAUAUUAAGGCUAAACUUUAA